AUGGAUAGUAGCUGCUGCAUCACUAAAUCCUGUAAUGUGGCCAAAGGCGAGACAGCUCUUGCAUUAUCAGUCCCUAAGGACAAUGCUGGAUUCCUGAAGGGAUCAACUGGUUUUGGCAAAGGGGAACAUGGGCUGAACACCAUGAAAGUUGAAUUGGAAGAACAAAAGCAAAUCAUAUAUGCUUACAGAGCUAUCCAGAGCAGUGAGUUUAGUGGAAUGCCACACGGCACGGCCAUUGUAGGUUACUUGUUUACUGAUGACCUUGGAGAUUUAGGGGUCGUAAUUGGUGCAGAUUCUAGGAUAAGCACUGGUGGAGUACCAGAUCAUGACCAAGACUUUGGUAAACUCCGUGUAAUUAGCUCCAAGUGGCCGCUCGUAUAUGGGGGAUCUGGCUAUGUCACCUCUAAUGAUGACUUGAUUGCUAGUUUGGAAAAUAAGGAAAACUGUUCUGAUGAAAAUAAAAUGGACUUCACUGCGAAAGAUGCAGCCAGACAUUUGGGUGGAGCUGAUCGACGAGGGCUGGGUGCACGGCUGCGGCUUAAUGACAGUAUAUUAUGCAGGUCCCUGGAGAUGCCUUCAAAGUUGGCAGCCGCAGCAGCCAGCACGUGUCAUCGAUAUGAAAUUAUGUUCAGUGCCAAGUUAGCCUUGAAACCUCUGUUAAUAAUUCUGGGAUUACUCUGCUUUGGGGGUACUAGCCAUGCAGCCUCCUGCAAUCAGCUUGAUCGCGACUCGCUGUUAACCUUUUCAAACAACAUAACGAGCCACUCAUCUCGGCUUGAUUGGAAUGUUUCAGCUGAUUGUUGUAGCUGGGAGGGUGUUUCUUGUGAUAUCAGGUCUGGAAGAGUAAUCAGCCUGAAGCUGCCGUUAAGAGGGCUUGUUGGAAGCAUAUCUCGGUCCACUGCCAACCUCAGCCAUCUUCGCGAACUUAAUCUCACAGGCAAUUCCCUCACAGCUAACCUCAUACAUCUUUGCGAACUUAAUCUCAGUGACAACCUGUUGGCUGGUAGUUUCCCUGAUGGUUUUUUUGUGCCCCUCAAUCAGCUGCAAGUAAUUGAUUUGAGCUACAACCGUCUGUGUUGGAUUUGUCCAGCAAGUGAAUUGCAUUUCCCCUGUUUCAAUUCAAUCUCGGGACCUCUGCCCGAAGAUGUUUACAAGCUGUUAAAGUUGCAAGAAUUAUCUGUUCCUAGAAACAGACUCAAUGGUUCACUUAGCUAUAAGAUUCCCAGUCUCAGUAACCUCAGGAUUCUUUCCCUGUAUGUUAAUGAAAUUGACUGGCGGAAUCCCUCCAGAAAUCGGAAAACUCUCCCACCUGGAACACCUGCUCCUUCAUUUUCCAACAACUCCCUGACAAAUGUUGUUGCGGCUCUAAGAAGUUUGCCACAUUGCAGAGCAAUCAGAACGGAGAUUCUCGCAAAGAGUUUUAACAAUGAACAAUUGCCAGGUGAUGAGAAUGAUAAUUGGCUUGAUUCUCAAGGAUUUCAAAAUCUCCAAGUUCUUGGUUUAGGUGGUUGCCAAUUCGGUGGCGGAAUUCCACAUUGGCUGGCAAAACUGUCAACCCUAAAGCCUGCGGCCAUGGUUUCCUCCACCCAUCCUUCUUCUCAUCCUUCUUCUCAUCCUUCUUUGUUGUGCCGAACUAAGAUUGCUGCAGAAGCCUUUCACCGCCUCCUUUAUUUGAUUGCUGCACCUGGGAAGGCAUCACUUGUGAUCUCAGUACUGGGAGACCUGAAGGCUUUGCGAGCAGGUUUCAAUUCACUUUCAGGACCUCUGCCCCAAGAUAUCUACAAGCUGUCAGCAUUGCAAGAAUUAUCGAUUCCUGGAAACAAGCUUAAUGGUUCACUUAGCAAUGAAAUCGUCAAUCUCAAAAACCUAACGAUUUUUGCUCCAUAUGGCAAUGAGCUGGCCGGAAUAAUCCCUCCAGAUAUCAGACAACUCUCCAACCUGAAAAUCCUACAGCUUCACGUAAACAAAUUCAGGGGUGGUCUACCCCCUUCUCUCGCAAAUUGUACAAAACUCACAGUAAUGACGCUAAGGGAAAACUUACUCAGUGGUGAUCUUUCCAAUUUCAAUUUCUACGAAUUCACUCACCUUCCCAUUAUUGACUUGAGCAAUAAUCAUUUCAAUUGGGACCUUCCAACUAACCUUUUUGAUUGUGAUGAUGAUGAUAGUUUUCUUGAUUCUCAAGGGUUUCAAAAUCUCGAGUUUCUGGUGUUAAGUGGCUGCCAGUUCAGUGGCCGAAUUCCAAGUUGGUUGGGUAAGCUUCCAAAGCUAAAGGCUCUUGGCUUAUCAUAUAAUGACCUGACAGGCCCUAUUCCUACUUUCUUUACGAGUUUGCCAGACCAUUUUUACCUGGAUUUGUCUCAGAACCAUAUCUCUGGAGAAUUUCCAUUGGAACUCACCAAAAUGCCACGAUGGGCAAACCAAUUGGCGUCGGAUCAAGUGGAUCAAACUUUCUUGGAGCUUCUAGAGUUUGUUAAGCCUGACAAUAUCUCCACCCUACAAUACUUUCAAUUAUCUAUACCUGCAUUAUUUCUAGGUUCCAACAACCUCAGUGGAAGCAUCCUACCCGAGAUUGGCCGAUUGAGAUCUAUAUACUUGCUGAAUCUCAGUCACAACCAGUUCUCGGGAGGCAUUCAUAACACAAUGUCUUAUCUCAUUAAUUUGGAGGAAUUAGACCUUUCAGAUAACCACUUAACUGGUGAAAUUCCAACUUCAAUCGAAAAUUUCCAAUUUUUGAGUUUCUUCAGUGUAGCAAACAACAAUCUUCAAGGCCCAAUACCACCAGGAGGUCAAUUUGUAACUUUUUCCAAUGAUAGCUUUGAGGGAAAUCCAGGUCUAUAUUCACGAGAUCUGCAACGACCUUCCGCUGGUCAACCAGCAAAUAAAAAGCCUUCAGCAAGUCAUAUGGCUACUAGAAAAAUCUCCAAGGACAAAAUCAUCUUUGAAUUAAGGGUAAUUAGUUUAAAGCUGCCAUCAAGAGGGCUUGUUGGAAGCAUAUCUCUGUAUAUUGCUAACCUCAGCCAUCUUCUUGAAAUUAAUCUCACAGGCAAUUCCCUCAUGGGUACACUUCCAGAUGAUUUAUUCGCGUCCCUGAAUCAGCUGCAGGUCAUUGAUUUGAGCAACAAUCGUCUCUCGGGACAGCUACUAUCUACGGAUAAGAUUCCAGCGACAAUUAAGUCAUUGGAUUUUUCCAGCAAUGACCUUGAUGGAACAAUCCCGCUUGAAUUCCUGGAGCAGGCAAUUAACUUGGUAAGUUUUAACAUCAGCGACAACUUCUUAUACGGCAACAACUUCUUUGAGGGCUUCAUUCCUGGUUUCAUAUGCGGCAUCUCCCGUUCCAUCAGAGUCCUUGAUUUCUCUUACAAUCAUUUUACCGGAACCAUACCCCGAGAACUUCAAAAUUGUACGAAGUUGGAGACACUACGAGCAGGUUUCAAUGAACUUUCAGGACCUCUGCCCGAAGAUAUCUACAAGCUGUCCGCACUGCGAGAAUUAUCGUUUCCUGGAAACAAGCUCAACGGUUCACUUAUACUGGGAGGCAAUGAAAUCGUCAAUCUCAAAAACCUAUCGAUUCUUGCCCUAUAUGGCAAUGAGCUUGCCGGAAUAAUACCUCCAGAUAUCAGACAACUCUCCAACCUAGAAAUUCAGGGAACUAUCAGAACAUUGAUUCUGGCAGAGAAUUUCUAUAAAGAACCAUUGCCAGGUGAUGAUGAUGAUAGUUUUCUUGAUUCUCAAGGGUUUCAAAAUCUCGAGUUUCUGGAUUUAAGUGGCUGCCAGUUCGGUGGCCGAAUUCCAAGUUGGUUGGGUUCUAACAACCUCAAUGGAAGCAUCCCACCCGAGAUUGGCCGAUUGAGAUCUAUAUACUUGCUGAAUCUCAGUCACAACUGGUUCUCAAGAGGCAUUCCUAACACAAUGUUUUAUCUCAUUAAUUUGGAGGAAUUAGACAUUUCAGAUAACCACUUAACUGGUGAAAUUUCAACUUCAAUCGAAAAUCUCCAGUUUUUGGGUUUCUUCAGUGUAGCAAACAACAAUCUUCAAGGCCCAAUACCGCCGGGAGCCACCUGUCAUGCCGUCUCCUGCAAUCUGAUCGAUCGCGACUCAUUGUUGUCCUUUUCCAAUAACACAAUGACUCGAUCUUCUAGUCAUCUUGAAUGGAAUGUUUCGGUUGAUUGUUGCGUGUGGGAAGGUGUUACUUGUGAUAUCAGGACCGGAAGGGUAACUGGUCUAAAGCUACCAUCAAGAGGACUUGUUGGAAGCAUAUCUCUGUAUAUUUCUAACCUCAGCCAUCUUCUUGAACUUAAUCUCACAGGCAAUUCCCUCACAGGUACACUUCCAGAUGGUUUAUUCGUGUCCCUGAAUCAGCUGCAGGUUAUUGAUCUGAGCAACAAUCGUCUCUCGGGACAGUUACCAUCUACGGAUAUGAUUCCAGCGACACUAACGUCAUUGGAUUUCUCCAGCAAUGACUUUGAAGGAACAAUCCCAAUUGAAUUCCUGGAACGGGCGAUGAACUUGGUAAGUUUCAACAUCAACAACAACUUCUUCUACGGGUCGGUUCCUUGGUUCAUGUGCAGCGUUUCCUCUUCCAUCAGAGUCCUCGAUUUCUCUUAUAAUCACUUCAGUGGCUCAAUACCCCAAGAAGUUGGAAACUGUACAAGGUUGGAGAUUUUAAGAGCGGGAUUCAACUCACUCUCAGGACCUCUGCCCCAAGAUAUUUACAAAUUGUCAACAAUGCAAGAAUUAUCUUUUCCUGGAAAUAAGCUCAAUGGAUCCCUCGGCAAUGAAAUUGCCAAUCUCAAUAACCUUACCAUUCUUGCCUUAUAUGGAAACGAAUUGUCCGGCGCAAUCCCUCCUGAUAUCGGAAAACUCUCCAACCUGGUACACCUCUUCCUUCAUACAAACAAACUCAAUGGCGUUCUGCCCAUUUCUCUCACAAAUUGUACAAAACUCACCGAAUUGAUCCUCAGGAACAACUUACUUACUGGUGAUAUUUCCAAUUUCAAUUUCUCAAAACUUAUUCAACUUUGCAUGAUUGACUUGGGUAAUAACCUUUUUAUUGGUAACCUUCCACCAACCCUUUUUAGCUGCAAGUCACUGAUAGCGGUUCGCCUAGCUGUUAAUCAGCUUACUGGGGAUAUCCCUCCCAACAUUCAGGACCUGUAUUCUCUUUCGUUUCUUUCAAUUUCAAACAACUCCCUAACAAAUUUUGCCGGUACAAUUAGAAUUCUAUCGAAUUGCAAAGCUCUCAGCACACUGCUUCUUGGAAAGAAUUUCUACAAUGAAUUACUGCCAGAUGUCUAUAACGACAGUUUAAUUGAUUCCCGAGGGUUUCAAAAUCUCCAAGUUCUUGGUUUGGGCAAUUGCCAUUUUAGUGGACCAAUUCCAGGAUGGCUAGCAAAGCUGCAAAAGCUAAAGGCCCUUGACUUAUCAUAUAAUUACCUGACAGGAUCCAUUCCGAGUUUCUUUGGAAGUUUGCCAGACCUUUUCUUCUUAGAUUUGUCACAGAACCGUCUAUCCGGAAAGUUUCCAGUAGAGCUAACCACAAUGCCGCGAUUGGCAAGCAACCAGGCCACAAAUCAAGCAUAUCAACCUUUUCUAGAGCUUCCAGUGUUUAUUAAGAUUGACAAUUCCACCAACCAAGUCAACCAACUAUCCAGCCUUCCCCCUGCUAUAUAUCUGAGAUCAAAUAACCUCAGUGGAAACAUCCCAAUGGAGAUUGGCAAAUUAAAAUUUAUUCAUGUCCUGGAUUUGAGUGAUAAUUAUUUUUCUGGCAGCAUUCCUAAUACAAUCUCUUCUCUUGUUAACUUGGAAAAACUGGACCUUUCAAAAAACCACCUGUCUGGGGCAAACCAGAAACUUCCAAAAAUCAUCCAGCUUCCAGAAAAAUCCCCAAGCAUGAAAUCAUCUUCAGACUCUACAUUGGUGUCUGUUUUUGUAUUGGGUUCACUAUUUCCACAUUGGCGUUAUGGAAAUACCAGAUCCAAGGAUCAUUCCUGGAAACCAUUCUGGAGAGAUCAACAAAGAUGCGUAUCCGUCCUUUCUACUAGAGACUAA